AUGGAGCCAAUAACGUUCAAAGUGAAGAAGCACCAGACGCCCGGUGAGCUCCCGGUGAGUUUCAGCCUGCAGCUGGUCGGUUCCCUGCCCGUGCACUCGCUGACCACCAUGUCCAUGCUGCCCUGGGUGGUGGCGGAGAUCCGGCGGCUCCGCACGGAGCCUGCCAAGGAAGAACCCAGCACCAGCCAAAUCCGGCUCUACGUUUCCCCGGCGAGUCUGCGGUGCGAGCCGGACACGGGCAGAAACCAGCCGUGGGACCCCCUGAUCUGCUCGAGCCUCUUCGAGCACAAGCCCCAGCACGUGCACAAGCUCAUUCACAACAGCCACGAGCCCAGCUACUUCGCCUGCCUCGUCAAGGAGGGAGCGGCCGCCCAGCAGAGUGUCUGCUAUGUCUUCAAAGCUGAUGACCAAACAAAAGUGCCUGAGAUUAUAAGCUCCAUUCGACAGGCUGGAAAAAUAGCUCGUCAGGAAGAGUUUCAGAAUAAUCUGUCUGACGUUGAAGACCCUUUUGCCAAAAAGUUUGAGGUGCUCUUCUGUGGACGGGUGACGGUGGCGCACAAAAAUGCCCCCCCAGCGCUCAUAGACGAAUGCAUCGAGAAGUUUAACCAUGCAAGUGGUGCAAAAAACUCAGACUCCAACUCCUUGCCCCAACAACAUGAAACUACCAAUAACUCGGGAGGCUUCUCUCUCAGCGAAAAGUUUCGGUCCGUCUUCCAGCCCUUGGUCGGUGAAGAGGAGGAAAAAAGGCCCAUGAGAAAAUCCUUUUCUCAGCCUGGGCUUCGUUCUCUCGCUUUUAAGAAGGAAAUGCCGGAGGGAAGCCAUAGGAGUAACAGCUUUGUCAGGUCUUUUGAGGAAGAUGCAAUUUCGCUGAACCUAAAAAGUCAACUUCUCUAUGGACACAGUGUUGUGCAGCCCACGGACAUUGCGGAAAACCGGACGAUGUUGUUCACGAUUGGCCAGUCUGAAGUUUACCUUAUCAGUCCCGACACAAAAAAAGUAGCAAUUGAGAAAAGCUUUAAAGAAAUAUCCUUUUGUUCUCAGGGAAUUAGACACGUGGAUCACUUUGGGUUCAUCUGCAGAGAGUCUUCAGAAAAUGGAGGCUUCCACUUCGUUUGCUAUGUGUUCCAGUGUACGGAUGAAGCCCUGGUUGAUGAAAUCAUGAUGACGUUGAAGCAGGCUUUCACUGUAGCUGCAGUGCAGCAGACCUCCAAGGCCCAGCCGCAGCUCUGCGAAGGAUGUCCUCUGCAGAGCUUGCAUAAGCUCUGCGAGAAGAUAGAAGGGCUACAUCCUUCUAAGACUAAACUAGAACUACAGAAGCAUCUAACAACACUAAAUACCCAGGAACAGGCCUCAGUUUUUGAAGAGGUUAAGAAAUUAAGACCAAGAAAUGAGCAAAAAGAGAAUGAGCUGGUUAUCUCUGUUUUGAGGAACAUGUAUGAAGAAAAGCAGAGGGACCACAUUCAUGUGGGAGAAGCAAAGCAGACUUCACAACCCCCUCCUGAAAAUGCUGGAAAUGAGGUGUCCGGCAGUACUUCAAGGUUCAGGUUGGAUAUGUUAAAGAACAAAGCAAAAAGAUCUCUGACAGAAUCAUUUGAAAAUAUUUUAUCACGUGGCAGUAAAGCUAGAGGUCCACUAGAGAGUUCUGGUAGUGUGGAUGUGGAGAGCUCUGUGUCCAGUGCAUUAAGCAGCACAAGUAAAGAACCACCUCCGUGUGAAAAAGAGAGAGAGAGGCUCCCUACCCUCCCUCCAGAAAACUCUGUCAAGAGCAGUGGCUCAGUGGGUGACCUCUCUGGUGACCAGGAUAGUUGUCCCCUCGAGCUGGCUGCCAAGGUACCGCAGCAGAGCUUUCGGCGGCGAGCAAACACCUUGAGCCAUUUGCCAACGGAAAGCCGGGAGUCUCUGGAGCCUGUUGAAAAGUCACCGUCUGUUCCGCAGAGGAAACUUAUGAGGUAUCACUCUGUGAGCACAGAGACUCCUCACAAGAGAAACUCUUCCGGUCAACUUGCACCUUCUCCUACUCUAACUCGUCUUAAUCCCUCCGCCUCUUCACCCAACUUCUUUAAAUAUCUAAGGCAUAAUGCAAGUGGAGAACCAAGUGGGCAUUUUACACAAAAGAGCAUCUCCUACCGUACUGCCUUAAGGAGAAAGCUUCAUUCUUCCUCCUCUGUGCCAAAUUUCUUAAAAUUUCUGGCUCCUGUAGAUGAAAAUAACACCUCUGACUUUAGGAGCACAACAAGCGACUACGAGUCCAAGCAGAGCCAGGAGGCCGCUGGCGCCGGCAGCCCCGUGCGGACCCGGCGGCACUCGUGGAGGCAGCAGAUAUUCCUGCGAGUGGCGACGCCGCAGAAAGCCUGCGACUCCCCCGCGCGAUACGAGGAUUACUCUGAGUUGGGAGAGCUUCCACCCAGAUCUCCACUAGAACCAGUGUGUGAAGAUGGCCCUUUUGGGCCUGUGAAGGAAGAAAGGCAGCGAACACCUCGGGAGCUCCGGGAGCUGUGGAAGAAAGCCAUUAUUCAGCAGAUACUGCUGCUCAGGAUGGAGAAGGAAAAUCAGAAGUUACAAGCCUCAGAAAACAAUUUGCAGAACAGACGUCUGAAACUUGACUAUGAAGAAAUCACACCAUGCUUAAAAGAUGUAACUUUGAUUUGGGAAAAAAUGUUGAGUACACCUGGAAGGUCAAAGAUUAAAUUUGAUGUGGAAAAAAUACAUUCUGCUGUUGGGCAAGGCAUACCUCGUCACCACCGUGGAGAGAUUUGGAAGUUUUUGGCAGAGCAAUACCAUCUUAAACACCAGUUUCCAUGCAAACAACCCCCAAAGGACACUCCGUAUAAAGAGCUCCUGAAACAACUGACUUCCCAGCAACAUGCAAUACUUAUUGACCUAGGACGGACAUUUCCAACACAUCCAUACUUCUCAGCACAGCUGGGAGCGGGGCAGCUGUCACUCUACAAUAUUUUGAAGGCCUAUUCCCUCUUGGACCAGGAAGUAGGAUAUUGCCAGGGCCUUAGCUUUGUAGCAGGCGUUUUACUACUUCAUAUGAGUGAAGAAGAUGCUUUUAAAAUGCUGAAGUUUCUCAUGUUUGACAUGGGUCUGAGAAAACAGUAUCGUCCUGACAUGACUAUUUUACAGAUCCAGAUGUAUCAACUGUCUAGACUUCUUCAUGACUACCAUCGAGAUCUCUACAACCACCUAGAGGAACAUGAGAUUGGCCCCAGUCUCUAUGCUGCUCCCUGGUUUCUCACCAUGUUUGCCUCCCAGUUUCCCCUCGGAUUUGUGGCCAGAGUAUUUGAUAUGCUGUUCCUUCAAGGGUCCGAGGCUAUAUUUAAAGUUGCCUUAAGCCUUUUGGGAAGCCACAAGCCCUUGAUUCUACAACAUGAGAACCUAGAAACUAUAGUUGAUUUUAUUAAAAGCACUCUCCCAAACUUGGGUUUGGUACAGAUGGAAAAGACCAUUAGUCAGGUGUUUGAAAUGGAUAUUGCCAAGCAGUUGCAAGCUUAUGAAGUUGAAUACCAUGUGCUUCAGGAUGAGCUUAUAGAUUCAUCUUUAAAUGACAAUCAGAGACUGGAUAAAUUAGAAAAGGCAAACAGUAGCUUGCGCAAACAGAACUUUGAUCUCCUGGAAGAACUGCAGGUGGCUAAUGGAAAGAUCCAAAACCUGGAGGCCACAGUAGAGCUUUUACUGACCAAUGAAGGCAAAUUGAAGCAGUCAAUUCUCACUCUUGAGCAGGAGCGAGAAGCUUUACUGAACACAGUGGAAAAGCUGCAGAAAAAGAUGAGUGAUGCAGAUGGGAAACCUGUACUGAUUAGGCAAGAGCACAUGGAUGCUGACUGACAGCUGCACUUGUCAUGGAGCAGACAAGCUGAGCAAAGAACCAAGGGAAGAACUGAGGCUUUUUGUGCUGAUACCCCGGAGACAUGACAUUGUCAUCUUCACUGUUACACGCCUUCCUGUAGCAAAGCAAGGUAUGGGCAUGGUGACUGCCCACACUGGGAGGCUAGUUCCUUGGGGAGGAGGAGGCUCUUUCUCGUUAGGGUGUAGAAAAGCCAUGAACGGUAAGAUGCCACAUGAUCAUAAUGGGCAGGAGAAAAGUCUUUUUCAGCAAAUAGCACGUGCAGUCACACACAGUACACCGUAAAGCUGUCCUGGAUUCUUCCAUAAGUGCUUCUAAACCUAAGUGCUUUGUGUUCGUUACAUAUUUUGUGUUUUGUACGUAGAUCAACCCCAUGUUAAACAGGACAUCCUUUAGAAGGUCGAGUGAAGAGCUUUGAGGGACGACUUCCUCAGUGUAGAUACCCAGCGGUGGCAUUUGCUAAGAGGUUUGUGAUUGGACUCAAGAUAUUUCUGGCAGUGUAAAAGCCCUGAAGCUUUGCUGGGUUUUGUUAACUGUGUUGUUUAGCCCUCAGAUAACUGCUUCCCAGUGCUUUAAGGUGUCACUCUGCUGGACUCCAGAGAGCUGGACUUCAUCAUAUGUGACUGUGCUUAACUGGGGAGCUGCCACAUGUUUUUAUAAGUACACUGUUCUACUACAUUUUUGUUCGACAUUCACUGGUUUAAAGUAUUUCUGGUUGGCAUUAUCUGAUACACAUACUGUAUAAAGUAACUGUAUUAUGCUCAGCAAAAUGCACUGAUAUUAGCUUGAUGAAGUCUGUGACUCUUGCAACAUCAUCCAAGGAUUUGUACUCAAACCCUUCAAGUAUCGUUUUAUUUAUUGCUCAUCUGCUGUGUGAUGUAAGACAUCCUUUUGCUGGGAAGUUAAUGCCCUGAUCCUUUUUUUUUCCCUUCAUUUGGUACUCUGUGCCCACUCCCUCUCUGGGAAAUGUCACUCCUAAAGACUCUUUUUUGAAGUGGUAAAGGCAUUUCAAAAGCUUGAUGUUGUGCCAGGUAUUCUUAAACUGCUUUAUAAGGGAUUACAAUGCAACUUUUGAGUAGGAUUACAUAUGUAAAAACAAUCUCACUUUCCUUAAUACUAUGAUAGUUAUUUUCAGGCCAGUUAAAGCACCGCUGCUACAAGUGCAAUAAUAUCCCUGCAUAUUCAGUUUUGGGGGUUUGCUUCAGAAUUAGACUAAACAGUGCCACAGUUUUGUUUUUAAUCCCCCAGCACAGUGUUAAUAGUGUUACUGUGGUGGAGAUUCAUCCAGAUGUGUUUUUUCCUAUUUUUUUUUUUAAUUUUAUUUUUAAUUUCAAAGCACAGUUUUUAUUGUCUGACUGACAGUGUAGGAAAGGUUUUAUUUUGCUUUUUCCCCUCUUCAUGCAAAUCCCUCUGACACAUUUUGGUUGUAGUUUAAUAAGAGAACUGUAACAUUCAGCAGCUGUGCAGAGCAAAUACUGUCAUGUAGGCCAGAAGCUAAAAAGAGAGUUUACUCUUCAGUUUCCUAAGAGUUUUGUUUGACUUCUGUCAAGAACCAUGCCUGGUUUUUGCACAUCCACUCUGUAUUUACUUAAUACUGAAAUUCCAGAUAAAUAAAUUGUUAUUAAUCCAUUUACCUUUUAGGGCUCUUUUUUUUUUCUUUUUUUCCUUUUUUUUUCGGAAAACCAUAUUGAAGCUUGUGCUUCAUGUUUAAAAUAUUGUCAUAAUGGACCUCGCAUUGUUAGAACUCCAUAAUAUUGUAUAAUAUGGCACCUUAGUGCUAUAAUCCAUACACUGACUUUUUAAACAAAAAGAGCAAUAAAAACAAUCUAAGCCUA